AUGUCAGCUAGUAGAAUGAAGCCAGUAGGUUUAAGCAAGGUAAAAUGUUAUGUUGGCAAACCUGAUCUUGUCUUAGCAGGAGAUGGACGUUGUGAUAGUCCUGGCCACAGUGCCAUCUUCGGUACAUGUUCCCUUAUGGAUGUGGAUACCAAUCUUGUUCUGGCAUCAAAUGUUGUAAAAGUGACAGAGGUAAAGAACUCGCACAACAUGGAAAAUGAAGGACUGAUAAGAAGUUUUGCUGAUCUAUUGUACGAUGUUUGGCAUUUAGGAAAGAGCCUAGGAAAAAAGUUAACCAAAGCAGCCAAUAGAAAGGACUGUGCUGACUUGCAGCCUUGGGUCAAAUCCAUCAAAAAUCAUCUGUGGUGGUGUGCAGGCACGUGUGAUGGAGAUGUCACUCAACCUAAGGAAAGGUGGAUGUCAAUCCUUCGACAUAUAGUCAAUAAGCAUGAAUGGCAUGUGGCAAGUAUGUAUACAGUAGGAAAUGCUGACCCCAGAUGA